AUGUCGACUACCUCCACCCCGAACAGGGGGAUUGUAGUCUUUUCGGGAGGAAGUGCUGCCAAUAACCUGGUAGAUGUAUUUAGCUCCGUUCGGGACAGCAAGAGCUGUCCGCUGAGCUAUAUCAUCCCUAUCAGUGACAAUGGAGGCUCCUCAUCUGAGUUGAUCCGGAUCUUUGGGGGCCCUGGAAUUGGCGAUGUGAGAAGUAGACUAGUUCGUCUGAUCCCGGACUCACCUCCAAAUUCUGAACUAGGUGCUAUAAAGACAUUGUUCAAUCAUCGACUGCCGGCAGACACUGCCGCGGCGCACGCAGAAUGGCUCUCCAUCGUAGAUGGCACGUCUGCGAUCUGGCAAGCCAUCACGCCUGCCAAGAGAGAACUCAUCCGUUCCUUCUUCAACCUCCUAAACUUGGAGAUACUGAAGCGUGCACGUCCGCCAUCAUCCACCUUCGACUUCACAUCCGCCAGCGUAGGCAACCUAUUCCUCACCGGCGCCCGACUAUUCAGCGGCAGUUUCGAAAGCGCCAUCUACCUCCUGGGCAGCAUCUGCGGCGUACCGUCAGACACCGUCCGGGUAAUCCCAGCCAUCAACUCCAACUUUUCCCACCACAUCUCCGCCUCCCUAGCCAACGGCACCGUGAUCGUCGGCCAAAACAGCAUCUCCCACCCCAGCGAAGUAACCGCCCUCCAACCACGCCCAGGCUCCAGACGCCCCAGCCUCCUUCUAGCCGACGGAGCCUCCGAAUCUGAAGACCCAGACACCCCAGACCCAGUGUUCUACGAAGAUGACCACCCCCCAGGCUCCCUCCCCACCCUCCGCAACAAAAACAUCCAAUUCUCAAAAACAGAAAACGAGGAUCUCCCCUCCCGCAUCACCCGUAUCUGGUACAUAAACCCCUAUGGCCAAGAGAUCCGCCCACCCGCCAAUCCCCGCGUCCUCGAAGCCCUCCGCGACUCCCAAGCCAUCAUCUACAGCAUCGGCUCCCUCUACACAUCGCUCAUCCCAUCCCUGAUCCUCCGCGGCGUCGGACAAGCAAUCGUGAUGAGCCCCGCUCGACAAAAGAUCCUCAUCCUCAAUGGAUCCCUGGAUCGCGAAACAGGCCCACCUUCUGAGCCAUUCACGGCAGUCGAUUUCGUCGAGGCCAUCACACGCGCUGGCGAAGAGAGUCGUGGUCGAAUGCAUCUGACGAUCCCUACUUUGGAUGGGGACGGCCGGUCUGCAAUGGAUCUUCCAUAUACGUCUUAUGUGACGCAUAUCCUUCAUCUUGAGGGACCUGGGACGCCCCAUGUUGAUCGGUAUCGUCUCGCGGAGAUGGGGAUUGAGACGCUUCGUCUGUAUGGGCGAAAGAUCGUUACUACAGGUGUGGAUGGUAUUGAGAUGCCUUUUGGGAUGAAAUAUGAUUCUACGGCUUUGAUCCAGGCUCUGGAGGUGGUCCUUGGUAAAAAGGGCGAUGCGAUGCUCCGAGGUGGAGAGAAAAAUGGCCUCAGUCGAAGGAAUACGUUGGAUCCUGGGAGGAAGAGGUGAAU